AUGAAAGACAUACACCAGAACAUUCAAGAGGAGUUAGAAUCUGUUCUGGAAGGCUUUAUAGAUGAAACUGCCAUGAAGAAAAUCAAGUUUCUCCAGUCCAUACAUAGCUUGAUCAAGUCAGGCCAAUCAAUGAAUAAAAGAACCCUUUUUUAUGAUUCUGUUCCAAUAUUCAAAACUCAGAACAGUGUAAACAAGCUAGUAAAGAGAUAUUCAAGAGUGUUUGGCUGUGAGCAGAGAGAUUUUAAUAUUAAAUCAAGUCUUAAAGGAAUCUUUCAUGGUAGAAUAAUACUUAUCAUGAAAAAUAGUAAAAGAAUAGAAUAUGAAGGAAAGAAUCUAAUACCUGACAUGGAUGACGUGAUAGAAAUUAAGCAUAAUUAUAAAGUAGCAAUGGUUAUAGAAAAGGAUACUGUAUUUUCCAGGGUAGAAAGUGAGAGGUAUUUGACCGUUUGUGGAAAAGGCUAUCCCUGUCAAAAUACUGUUAAGUUUCUAAAAAUGAUAGAAAGUACAGUAAAGAUAUAUUGCUUAACAGAUUUUGAUCCUUAUGGUUUGCAUAUAUUCCUGGUUUAUAAAAAAAAGAUUGAUAUGGUUAGAAUCGGUUUGAAAAUAGAAGAUAUUCUAAAAUAUAAAGUAAAGAAGCAUGAUUGCAUUUGUUUGAAUGGUCCAGAUAAAAGAAUGAUUGAAAGAUUAAAAAGAUACUCCGAAAUUUACAAUGAAGUAGAGUUUAUAGAAGGAUUAGGAAUGAAAAUGGAACUGGAAAUUCUAUUUAACCGAAUGGAUUUUGAUAUUUUUGAAUACUUAGACAAAUAUAUUUGA